CGCGUUCUCUCGCGACCGCCGCAACAACCCUCAUCAUGGCUACCAUCUGCGCCCUCACCGUCCCCACGAUCGUCCGCCCCACGACGACGACGUCCACGCGCCGCGACGUGCGCGCGAACGCGUUCGGCGGCAAGAAAGGCGUCGCCUCCGCGCAGCCCCGCGCCGGGCAAAAGUACGCGGACAUCGCCGCCGCCGUCGACGCGGGCCUCGUCCAGGGCGUCGCGCCGUUCGAGGACGGCAUCGACCUCUUCGGAUUCUUCAACGACAUCGAUCAGGCGGAGGCGCAGAGGUACGCGGACGUGGAGAUCACGCACGGAAGGCUCGCGAUGCUCGCGACCGUCGGCUUCGUCGUCGGCGAGUCCGUGGAGGGGUCCUCCUUCCUCUUCGACGCGCAGGUCACCGGUCCGGCGGUGAACCACUUCCAGCAGGUUCCGCUCCCGUUCUGGCUCGGCCUCGGCGCGCUCAUCUUCGUCGUCGAGGCGUCGCGCGUGCAGACCGCGUGGCAGUCGCCGUUCGACGCGUCCCGCCUCUUCCUCAUGAAGGACGACCACACCCCCGGAGACUACAACGGGUUCGACCCGCUCGGCCUGAGCAAGAACAGAGACGAGGAGUGGCUCGACAUUCACCGUCUCAGGGAGCUGAACAACGGCCGCCUCGCGAUGGUCGCCAUCGUCGCGAUGAUCUCCCAGGAGCUCGUCACCGGCUUGAACCUCAUCCUCAGCGAUGAAGUCCUCGAGAUGAAGGGCGGCGGCGCGCUCAAGGCGAUGGAGGCGCAGUGCGCCGGCACCGCGGACGAGAACGCCUGCGCCAAGGCGUUCGAGGCAGCCGUCGCCGCGGGCACCGCGGUGUUCUAAAAAUCUCGUUCGUCACGUUACCGCGCGAUGCGAACGCUCCGCGCGUCGAGAGGCGCGUCGAUAUUCGUUACCACGCGAUGCGAACGCUCCGCGCGUCGAGAGGCGCGUCGAUAUUCGACGCGCCGCCCCGCGCGCGGGGGUGUGUAAGAAAGCUUCUGUUCAUUUUUUGAUCUGAUUCUUUGAAGGCGCCAUCUGUCUCAUUUUAAUAUCAUUCAUUUACUCGGCG